AUUCAAUCAACAUCCCACAUGGUCCUAAAAGUCCAAGAGAUAUGUGAUACUUUUUUAUGAAUAUCCUUCACUGACCAUACUGAUGAUAUCUAGCAGUCAAAUUGGACCUUCCUCUCUCUCUCUCUCUCUCUCUCUCACUCUCUCCUGCAAGCUUGGUGGUAGCCAUGGCAGUGGGAUUAUCCAUAACAAGUGAAGGUGGGGAAUACAAUGGCAGGAUGACUCUAUUUGUUGUGUUAUCCUGUAUGACGGCUGCUAUGGGAGGAAUUCUUUUUGGCUACGAUAUCGGUAUUUCAGGUGGAGUGACCUCCAUGGAGCCAUUUCUGAAGAAAUUCUUCCCAGAGGUGUACACUAAGAUGAAAGACGACACCAAGAUUAGCAACUACUGUAAAUUCGACAGUCAAUUACUGACCUCUUUCACGUCCUCACUCUACUUGGCCGGUCUAAUUGCUUCUUUCUUUGCCUCUUCUGUCACUAGAGCCUUUGGCCGCACGCCAUCAAUCCUUGCCGGAGGAGCUGCAUUCCUUGCUGGUGCAGCCUUAGGUGGAGCAGCAUAUAAUGUGUACAUGCUGAUAUUUGGCCGCGUCUUGCUUGGAGUUGGGGUUGGUUUCGCAAAUCAGUCAAUCCCACUAUAUCUCUCAGAAAUGGCACCACCAAGAUAUAGGGGAGCAAUCAACAUUGGAUUUCAGUUCAGCAUUGGUAUUGGGGUUCUGUCAGCAAACCUUAUCAACUACUGUACUCAAAAAAUCAAAGGCAGUUGGGGCUGGCGAAUCUCCCUAGCCAUGGCAGCAGCCCCUGCUUUAAUUCUGACUCUUGGAGCACUUUUCCUCCCCGAAACACCCAACAGCCUAAUUCAGCGAAGCAGCGAUCAUCAAAAGGCCAAGAUGAUGCUGCAACGAGUCAGAGGCACUGAAGAUGUCCAAGCUGAACUCGAUGAUCUCAUCAAAGCAAGUGCCAAAUCCAAUACCACCAAACACCCAUUCAAGAAAGUCCUACAAAGAAAAUAUAGACCUCAACUAGUUAUGGCAAUAGCCAUACCAUUCUUCCAACAAGUCACGGGAAUAAAUGUCAUUGCCUUCUAUGCUCCAGUACUUUUCCGAACUAUUGGUCUAGGAGAAAGUGCGUCACUCAUGUCUGCAGUUGUGACCGGGGUUGUAGGUACUGGCUCAAUCUUCAUAUCAAUGUUGGUAGUCGAUAAACUAGGCCGAAGACUUAUGUUCACAAUUGGGGGGAUACAGAUGUUUGUGUCACAAAUAAUGGUUGGAGGCAUAUUGGCAGCUCAGCUAGAGGAUCAUGGUGGGGUGAGCAAAGGGUAUGCACUUGUGGUCUUGAUUUUAAUCUGCGUUUAUGUUUCCGGAUUUGGUUUGUCAUGGGGUCCAUUAGGAUGGUUAGUUCCAAGUGAGAUUUUUCCACUCGAGAUUCGAUCAGCUGGACAAGGUAUUACAGUGGCAGUCAGCUUUGUUUUCACUUUCAUUGUUGCUCAAACUUUUCUGUCUAUGCUGUGUCACUUAAAGUACGGCAUUUUCUUCUUUUUCGGGGCAUGGGUGGUGGUGAUGACUGUGUUUGUUCACCUACUGCUGCCUGAGACUAAGAACAUGCCUAUUGAAAAGAUGGAUAGAGUAUGGAGGGAACACUGGUUCUGGAAGAGGAUCGUCGGGGAAGAGCUUGACGCGAGUAAGGAGGAGACUUGAGAUUAAUUGCAGAAAAUUAAUCUAUGACCCUAUUGUCAAAACUUUUAGAACAAGAAUUUCAGGGUGAAAAAUUAAGCUCUUGUGUUUGUUUUCAUGUUUUACAGUAGCAUAAAGCAGGCAAAAUAUCUACCAUUUUCGAUAUUUGAUUGAUGCUUGGACUACGUCACACAAUUAUUCUCAACCGGUGUUACUGUUACUCUA